AUGCCUCAUCUGAAAGUGAAUGUGAACGGAAAGAAGUACACUAUUUCUGGUAUCACUCGUACAACAUGCAGCAAACAGAUCCUCUGCGCCUUGGCUAAAGUCGACGCAGAAUUACGAUCAAGACAAACGACUGAGCCAAAAGGCGACCCCCUCGUGAAUGCAUCGGGAGCUUGUGUAGAACAAAACAGGAGGGCUAAGAAAGUUCGCGAGACGAGAAAAGAAUUUAAGAGAGAAGAAAAGUGUACGAGGAGUAGGGAGACCGAGAAGAAGCAAAGAGAAGGAAGAAAACGUUCCAGUGGCAAAGUGCAUAUAACAAAACCAAUGGAACUAACAAACAAUGAAGGAAUUCAAACGUCUAGUGGAAUGUUCGAAGCAGUAGAGAAAAGCUCCGAGAAUCAGCAAAACUGUUCACCAUCGCUAAAUGAACGAGAGAGUGUGAAAGAAAAAGUCGUCGAGAGCAGUUUUCGAACGGUGGAAGACUUAGACCGGAAUAUCAAUGGACGAGACACAAGCUCUGUGGACAGCAGGGAAAAUAAUGUUGAGGAUGGCGCCAAAGACACUGAUCAUGACACGGGGAUAAGUGAGUUACAAUCAGACAGUUCAUUUGAACAAAACCAAAUCUUGCACCAAAAUUCCGGCGUAAAUGGAAGCUCAGCGAGGAGAACUUUAAACAGUACAUUACAAAUUAAAGUGAAAUGCGCCUCUACGAACACAGAUACCAUAGAAUUUGCUGAUUUGGCAUAUUCGUGCAUGCUCGAAAAUAGUAUAUCAAACUUAGAGCACGACGAGUACAUCGUUGCUGAACUGAUUGGCAGUGAGACCGACGUUGAAAUAUUCGACGAAUGCACAUGUACAUACAUUGACUCAGAGACUGAAGAACUUCAACAAGAGAUCGAAAAGAUUCGCGAUGAUUUAAAGUUAACAGAAUCAAAGCUUAUUGAGCAGGAGAAAACGAUUGAAACGCUGAAUGUCUUGAUAGACGACGACGAUGAUGAAUAUUGCGCCAACUGUGACGUCAACGAUGACGUAAAUAAGCGAAUUGACGAACUUAAACAGUCAAUCAAAUUAAGUACUCAGUUGUAUGAUUAUCAGAAGGUCGAGACGCAAGCAAAUGCGUUGGAACUAGAGAAAGUUGAAUCACAAAUAAGGAGAAAACGAUGGCACGUAGAGUGUCUGUUGAAAGAGCUUCAUAUGGCUCGGAAUAGCCCACUUACUGGGAAUGGACAAGGGAAAUCUGCUCCCUUCCCGAGAGACGGUACCCUGGUCUAA